AUGGCUGGGACAUGUGAGUUAGGCCUCUUGCUGGCGCUGCUGCUGCCUGUGGUUAGUGCCUCAUUGCCAGGCACCAUGGUUCGACUCAACAAGGCAGCACUGAACUACGUAUCUGAAAUUGGGAAAGCCCCGCUUGGGCGGGCCCUGCAGGUCACUGUUCCCAAUUUCCUGGAUCGGAGUGGUGAGGCGCAUCAGUCCACCAGGAUCCAGAUUUUGGAUGUCCAUGUGCCCCGCCUCCACCUGAAAUUCAUUGCUGGCUUUGGGAUUCAUAUGUCAGCCACGGCCAAUUUUACGGUCCAGGUCUUUUGUGUCCCCAAGCCACUGGAGAUGGUGCUGCCGGUGGUACUGUUGGCUGAUGCACGUGUGGCCCAGGCCUCCAUAGGGACCCCCGAGGUCAGCAUCUCCACCUGCUUCUCACUCUUCAGCCCGGUCACUGUGCUUGAUGUCAGUAACAGCACCUCCCCCUCGCUGUUGCUCCUGGUGCGGAAGCACAUUCAAGCUGUCCUGAGCAACAAGCUGUGCCUGCGCAUCUCCAGCCUGGUGCAGGGCCUCAACAUCCACCUGGGCACCCUAAUCGGUCUCAACCCUGUGGGUCCUGAGUCCCAGAUCCGUUACUCUGUGACCCACUUGCCCACCAUCACCAGUGACUACAUUUCCUUGGAUGUCAGUGCUGUUCUCUUCCUGCUGAACAAGCCCAUCCUCCUGCCCGGCGAUGCCACUCCCUUCCUGUUGCCAUGGCCUGUAGGCACGGGUGCCAUGGCAACUGUGGUCCUCUCCCAGCACAUGUUCGACUCUGUAUUUCUGCUGCUGCAGAAGGCUGGCUCCCUCAACAUGGACAUCACAGGGCAGUUGAAUUCGGAAGAUAACCUGUUGACCACCUCAGCGCUGGGCUGGCUCAUCCCGGAGGUGGCCAGCCAGUUCCCUGAGCCCAUGCCCGUGGUGCUCAAGGUGCAGCUGGGUGCCACUCCAGCGGCCUCGCUCCAUACCAACAAUGCCACACUGCAGCUCCAGCCCUUUGUGGAUGUUCUGGCUGUGUCCUCCAACUCGGCCUUCCAGACCCUCUUCUCCAUGGAUGUGCUCGUGAACCUGAGCCUUCAGCUCUUUGUGUCCAAGACGAAGCUUCGGGGUACCACAUCUGUGCUGGGGGAUGUCCAGAUCUCUGUGGCCGCCUCCAAUGUGGGCUCCAUUGAUAUGGAUCAAGUACACAUACUCAUGGGCUCUGUGUUCGAGAAACCUCUGCUGGACCACCUCAAUGCUCUCUUGGACAUGGGAAUUGCCCUCCCCAGUGUGGUCAACCUCCGCUACAUCAACCCCGAAGUCUCUAUCUGUGAGGGCUAUGUUGUGAUAUCCAGCGGACUCUCCUAUCAGCACUGAGGCAGGGCUGAGAAAGGGC